UAAAUAACGUGCACGUUCGACGCCCUACAGGCGAGGACCGAUAAGAGGCGUGGUUGCGUAUCACGUGAUUUUCACGGAAGCUAUAGUUGUGAAAUUGGAAGGUGAAGUUAGUAACGUGAGUUUAGGUUUCAAGCAAACCGGUUUAGGUUUCAUCGAAAUGUUAACCGUGCAAAGAGUCGUUUUAUCCUCUCGCCCAGGAAAAAAUAGCCAUCCGGUUCUAGACAACUUCCGCGUUGAAAAGACAACUUUGUCUCCGGACCUAAAAGAGGAUGAAGUCUUGGUCAAAACGUUGUUUCUGUCUGUUGACCCGUACAUGCGCUGUCGUAUGAAUGAUGACACGGCGGCUGAUUACCUGUUACCUUGGCGACUCGGGGAGUGUGCCGACGGAGGCGGAGUUGGCGUGGUAGAAGCCAGCCGGAACGAAGUACUGGCUACGGGUGACAUUGUCACAUCCUUUAAUUGGCACUGGCAGACCCGCAACGUGAUCAAUGGUUACCUUUUACGGAAGAUCGAUCCAAGGAUGGUAGAUGGGCACCUGUCCUAUGUUCUGGGUGCGGUUGGCAUGCCUGGACUCACUGCGUUUCUGGGUGUGAGGGAGAAGGGUCAUGUCACUCCUGGUGCCAAUCAGACAAUGGUGAUCAGCGGAGCAGCUGGAGCUUGUGGGUCACUUGCUGGACAGAUUGCCAGGCUGGAUGGCUGUGAGAAAGUCAUUGGCAUCUGUGGAACAGACAAGAAAUGCCAGGCCCUGGUGUCUGAGCUGGGCUUCACAGCAGCUGUGAAUUAUAAAAAGGGGGAUAUCUCGGCAGCAUUGAGGGAGAGUUGUCCCAGAGGAGUGGACGUCUACUUUGAUAAUGUUGGAGGGCCAAUCAGUGACACUGUCAUAUCCCAGAUGAACAGUGGGGGUCACGUGAUCCUGUGUGGACAGAUUUCUCAGUAUAAUAAAGAUGUGCCCUACCCACCUCCACUGAGCAAGGAAACUCAGGAAGAUCUGUGCAGCAAAAAUAUCACCAGGGAAAGGUUUAUGGUGUUGAACUAUAUGGAUAAACAUGAAGAAGGCCUCCUCCAGCUGAGUCAGUGGGUGAAGACAGGCCAGAUUAAGGUAUUGGAAACUGUAACUAAUGGAAUAGAAAAUAUGGGUGUGGCUUUUUGCUCCAUGAUGAUGGGAGGCAAUACUGGGAAGCAAAUUGUCAAGAUUUCAGACUGAGCCACAUCUUUCCAGCAGAGGGCGCUAUUCUUCCACAAGCGGCCUAGUGCGUUUUAUUUUUAGUGUUAACUACAAUAACAUGAUCUGACUCGAUCUUUACUAGCUUGUAAGCCGAAAGAGCAAGAAGUGCUAUAAACAUGUCUGUGUAUCAAAGAAACACUGACUGGACUUUAAAUACGUUCUUAAGUACAAUUCAGUGGGGGGUUUUCCCCCCCUUAGAAUUGAUUUUUCAAAGUUGUCUUCAUUAACUUUGGCUUAGAUGUCUGCUUUAUGGACAGCUGAGACAUUUUAGCAGGGAGGCUCAUGCAAUAUGUUUGACAUGCAUUAAAGAUAAGAUAUUUUAAACUUGUUUCUCAAUGAGAAACUUCCUCAAAAUGGCAAAGAUCAGUUUCAAGUGAAAGUUAAGUUUGAAGUGUAAAUCACCUACUACCUAAAUGUUAACGGUCAUGUUAAAUAUUAACUAUUAGCAUGCAUUUUGACUUCAGCUUCAUUCAGUCUUAUGUUUAUCAUGCCAAAAAACAAGUUAUAAAGCAAAAAGCUGUCACUUGAUUAAUGUGCUUUGGUCACUUGUACGUGUAAAAUUUCAAAUCGGUGCUUUUUGCUUGAAAGACAGAUGCAUCUUUACUUUCUGUUUUUGUCAAAGUUUGCAUGAAAGUUAAGAUUUGCUCGGGUAUCACUAUUGCUAUUUUGGAAGCUUCCACAAUAUGUACAGCGGAAUUGUUCACUGAAUUGUUUUUAGUAAAGAGAUUACUAUAGACAGGAAUACAGCAUACACACCUACAUAAUUAUAUAUAAAUUAUAACACCACAGAAUUUCAAAUUCAAUUCCAGUAACAAUCAUAUCACUUCAUCACAACUCUAGAUCAGCAUGUAUGAAACAUGGAUUGCACCAACUCAAUUAUUUCAUGUGCCACAAAAGAAAAAAUAAAAUUAAAAUGGUGUCUGGCUGUGAUCUCAUCUCUCAGUCCACCUCCCGUGUAAGACUCGCCUCGUCUACGAGUCCUGGCAGUGACAGAGUUAUGAUCGGUCCACUUCUACUUCUUACAACGUUGAGGUUACAUGAAGCUUCCAUUUGAGCUAGCGGUGGCUAACUUAUUGAGUAGCUUACUGGCAAGUUAAGUUAUGCAGUGUGUAGAUGACAAUAAUGAUUACAGCAGCACCGCUCUCACAUAGGUAGGUUCCACAGGAGAGUAAGACCUCACGGAUGAGUUCUGCAUCCGGAACUUUCUCAAAAUCCCAUCCCAAUUAUACAUUUAGCAAACAAAUUCCAGAGCAGCCCAGUUUUCAAGUCUUUACAUUCCUGAGAGACAGCAGAGACCUUGAGUGACCCGACCCAGAAAAGCAAUACAAGUCAACAAAUUCAUCAGAACCCAUUACAGCAGAUUUGUGGUUACACCUGUAAAAUGGACAAACAGACAAUAAGACCCAAAUUUUACAUCAUGAUAAAGGUCACAGUAAAACGUGCAUCA